GCAGUUUGUUGUUAUCUCCAUCCAGUAGUGAACCGUUAUAUUGUAUUGUCAAGUAGCUAGUCCCUUAUUCUUACUUUUUUUUUUUCUUUCCGUGUAUUUACUUUGCGUUUGUAAAUUAAUUGCCAGCAAAAAAAGCCAUGUGAAAUAACUCAACCCGUUAGAAAGCGUUAAAGAAAUAACUGGGUGCGACGGUUGAAGUUAGCGUUAACUGGCAAAAUAUAACCAUAGUGGUGGUUUGGCAAGUAGUUGGCGGACAACAUCACGGCUGCAUAGUUGAAUUCAGCACUUUUGGAGGAGGAUGGGCGUGUUCGGGUCGCAUUAUUAUUCAUCUCCUGGACCAAGUAGAGGACGUACAUCCCUAGGUUAGAUGUAAAGUUGAAAGAAAAACCUCAUGAGAAAGGACAGUCUCCACCCGGAGGAAGAAGAGAGUGAGGAGGCAUGCCGUCUCGUUUCUGCAUAGUUUCGUGGUAAAUGCCACGAGUUGGAUGUGUUAAAAGCAGGGAGGGGAGCUGUGACAGAGUGGGUGGGUACAAUUGGAGUAUUGGCGGAAACUAUAAAGGCUAUUUCAGCAUAAAGUGUCUGCCAGCGCUGUCGACAUCUCUCUUCCCAGUCUUCCCAGUCAGGUGUAUCCUUCCCCAGUGAGGUAACAGGCUUAAUCCAGUAUAGCUAGGUGAAGGAGACAUGACUUGACCAGCUUUCGUCCGCUGCGCUUCCUGUCUGAAGUUUAUUUUUGGACACCGUUCUACUUUGCUGCUGUAAGGUAGAGCAGCCCCACUCUGCCUGGGAAGCAGUGACAGACGGACGGUUAGACUGCCCUGUGAAGUGUUCUCCUUUUCAUGGAUGCCAGGGUGGUCCAGCUGCACUUAUGGACAGCCCUUGUCCUCCUGAUAGCAGAACUGAAGUGGAUUGAAGCUGCAGAGGUCUACACCAACACCUGGGCUGUCCAGAUCAAUGGGGGGCCAGAGGAAGCCGACCGCAUCGCCAGGCAACACGGUUUCAUCAACCACGGCAACGUUUUUGGAGAUUAUUAUCACUUCAGGCAUCAUGCCGUGGAGAAGAGGGCUUUGUCUGGCCACAGGGGGAUGCACAUCAGACUGCAACAAGAACCACAGGUCCAGUGGGCGGAGCAGCAAGUGGUGAAAAUAAGGAAGAAGAGGGAUAUCUAUGAAGACCCAACAGACCCUGAUUUCCCCAAGCAGUGGUACCUGACCAACCCAACACAUGAAGACCUGAAUACCAAAGUAGCCUGGGCUCAAGGGUACACAGGAAGAGGUGUGGUGGUGUCUAUCCUGGACGAUGGCAUUGAGAAAGACCACCCAGAUCUCGUCAGCAAUUACGACCCUGAGGCCAGCUAUGACGUUAAUGAUGGAGAUGCUGACCCCCAACCAAGAUACACUCAGCGGAAUGAGAACAGACACGGAACUCGGUGUGCAGGAGAAGUUGCAGCAGCAGCCGACAACGGUGUGUGUGGUGUAGGUGUGGCCUAUAAUGCCAAAAUUGGAGGAGUUCGUAUGUUGGAUGGGGAGGUGACAGACGUGGUGGAGGCCCACUCUCUGAGCCUCAACCCGCAGCACAUCCACAUCUAUAGUGCCAGCUGGGGCCCAGAGGACGAUGGCAAGUCACUGGACGGCCCUGCCAAGCUGGCUAAGGAGGCUUUCCUCCAGGGAAUCACCAAGGGACGAGACGGACAGGGCUCCAUCUUUGUGUGGGCUUCGGGUAAUGGUGGCCGAGAGCAGGACAGCUGUAACUGUGACGGCUACACCAACAGCAUUUACACCCUCUCCAUCAGCAGCACCACACAGUCCGGCAACGUGCCGUGGUACAGCGAGCCCUGCUCUUCCACCCUCGCUACCACCUUCAGCUCUGGAAACCCGGGGGAGAAACAGAUAGUGACCACAGACCUUAGGCAAAAAUGCACAGACUCUCACACGGGGACGUCUGCCUCGGCCCCGCUGGCUGCUGGGAUCAUUGCUCUGGCUCUGGAGGCCAAUAUGAACCUGACCUGGAGGGACAUGCAGCACCUGGUGGUGAGAACGUCCCGGCCGGGACACCUCAGCGCCGGAGACUGGAAGACCAACGGAGUGGGACGCAGAGUGAGUCAUUCGUACGGUUAUGGGCUUCUGGAUGCAGGUGCCAUGGUGGCUUUGGCACAGAACUGGACCACAGUGGGACCACAGCGUCAGUGUGUCCACACUAUGCUCACAGAUCCGAGAGACAUCGGGAACAAGCUGGUGUUCAGCAGGAGCGUGGAUGCCUGCUGGGGACGACCCGAGUAUAUCAGCUCUCUGGAACACGUCCAGGCUCGCCUCACUCUCUCCCACAACCAGAGAGGAAAAUUGGCCAUUCAUCUCAUCAGCCCACUAGGCACGCGCUCCACCUUGCUGUUUCCCAGGCCCAAUGACUUCUCUUCAGAGGGAUUCAACGACUGGGCCUUCAUGACCACCCACUCGUGGGGGGAGGAUCCUCAAGGGGAAUGGACACUGGAAAUAGAAAACGUAGCUGCUAAUGGACAUGACUAUGCUGUGCUAAGUCAGUUCACCCUCUUCCUGUGGGGUACUGGACCCAGCGUCAUCAGCCCCUCAUCAUCUGACUUCCCUCGGCCGUCCAACAACAGCUGCAAGACCUUUGAUGCCCAGCAGAUCUGUAUCGAGUGCAGCCCCGGCUUCUCCCUCUUCCUCCAGGGUUGUGUGAAGUUAUGUCCGCCCGGCUUCACCUCGGGGCCGCAGCUCCUCAACCUCUCGCUGGAGAACUGGGUGGACCUGUCCUCGGUCCAGGCCUGCCUCCCCUGCAACCCCGCCUGCCUCACCUGCUCAGGCAGCGGGCCUACAGACUGCCUGUCCUGCCCGCCUCACAGCCACCUGGUUCUCACCUCCUGUCUGCACCAGAACCAGGUCCAGCGCAAAUCCCCGUUAGCUGGGGAAGUCCAGGGUGAGCGAGCGCAGCCAGAGGGGGGGAUCCCAGCAGCAGCAGAGGACCGCGGCGAACCUCCGGGGCUCGGCGUAGCUCCGUCCAGUCAGCUGCCCGUCGUCAUGGCCGUGCUCGGCUGUGCCUUCAUCCUGGCGGCCUUCGUCGGGGUCUUCCUCUUGCUGCAGAUGCGCUCAGGUGGCGCUUUUUGGGGCUGGAGGACCAAACUGCCCUCUGUGUGUUCACAGACAAGGGGGGUGCGGGUGGGCUUUGGUUUUGGCUUUGGCCAAGGACAGGAGAGGAAGGCCCGGGUAUGCUACAAGGGGAUCCCCACUGUGUGGGGGGACGAGGACGUGAUGGGCUACCAGUCUGAAUCAGACAGCGAGGAAGUGGACGGUCACGGCGAGAGGACAGCUUUUAUCAAGACACAGAGCUCGAUCUAGCUGAGCUGCAGAGUGUGCUGUUGUUGUGUCUGACGCCAGGACCCGGGUCUCAUCAGCAUCUAGACCGGACCGGAUGGAGCUGAGACAUAAAGGCUCCGAGCGACCACAAAACACACGCCUUACUGUCCCAUCGGCACCCAUCUAAAUGCAUUAAAGAGUCAAUUGUUAGUUUUUUCAUGUAUUUAUUUGCAUUUGUUAAUUUAUCUAAUUUGAUGCAAUAAUUGGAUGUCAGAGGUAUUCAUCAUGCAUUUGACUCUUUGUCGCCAAUUUCAGGCGUUGCAUAACUGUUAUUGUUGUUACUUUAAUGACCUGCUUGACAGAUUUUUUCCCAGUUUGUUAAAAGGUUUAUUUACAAGAAGAAUCAGUCAAAAUCAAGGCAGCAGAGACCGAGGACCGAGGUAUCCCGGCUUUAGUCCCAAGUAUAGGUCAGAAACCCCCAAACCUGAAUCCUGCAUUUCCCAUAAUGCAACUCAAAAGCCUCUUACGUUAGAGCCCCUCUGCCCUGUAAAUGGCCAUAUCUUUCAAAAAGCCACACCCCCAGCUUCUGAAAAAAGAAAUGUCAGGCCCAAUAACCAAUCAGAGUUU